AUGGAUAUACAUGAUGAGCCACCGGCAGACUCAGUAGAAACUAUUAGAGAAUGGGCUGAUGAGCGCUCUAAUUGGAAGUUGGAUAUAGAUGAUGAGCCACCGGCAGACUCAGUAGAAACUAUUAGAGAAUGGGCUGAUGAGCGCUCUAAUGGGAAGAAGUUGGAUAUAGGUGAUGAGCCACCGGCAGACUCACUAGAAACUAUUAGAGAAUGGGCUGAUGAGCGCUCUAACGGGAAGUUGGGUAUAGAUGACAAGACACCGGCAGACUCAGUAGAAACUAUUAGAGAAUGGGCUGAUGAGCGCUCUAAUGGGAAGUUGGAUAUAGAUGAUGAGUCACCGGCAGACUCAGUAGAAACUAUUAGAGAAUGGGCUGAUGAGCGCUCUAAUGGGAAUUUGGAUAUGGAUGAUGAGCCACCAGCAGAUUCAGUAGAAACUAUUAGAGAAUGGGCUGAUGAGCGCUCUAAUGGGAAGUUGGUUUUGGAUGAUGAGCCACCAGCAGACUCAGUAGAAACUAUUAGAGAAUGGGCUGAUGAGCGCUCUAAUGGGAAGUCGGAUAUAGAUGAUGAGCCAAUGGCAGACUCAGUAGAAUCUAUUAGAGAAUGGGCUGAUGAGCGCUCUAAUGGGAAGUUGGAUAUAGAUGAUGAGCCACCAGCAGCCUCAUUAGAAACUAUUAGAGAAUGGGCUGAUGAGCGCUCCAAUGGGAGGUUGGAUAUAGAUAAUGAGCCACCACCAGACUUAGUAGAAACUAUUAGAGAAUGGGCUGAUGAGCACUCUAAUGGGAAGUUGGAUAUAGAUGAUGAGCCACCGGCAGACUCAGUAGAAACUAUUAGAGAAUGGGAUGAUGAGCGUUCUAAUGGGAAGUUGGAUAUAGAUGAUGAGACACCGGCAGACUCAGUAGAAACUAUUAGAGAAUGGGCUGAUGAGCGCUGUAAUGGGAAGUUGGAUAUAGAUGAUGAGCCACCGGCAGACUCAGUAGAAACUAUUAGAGAAUCGGCUGAUGAGCGCUCUAAUGGGAAGUUGGAUAUAGAUGAUGAGCCACCAGCAGACUCAGUAGAAACUAUUAGAGAAUGGGCUGAUGAGCGCUCUAAUGGGAAAGAAUGGGCUGAUGAGCGCUCUAAUGGGAAGUUGGAUAUAGAUGAUGAGCCACCGGCAGUCUCAGUAGAAUCUAUUAGAGAAAGGGCUGAUGAGCGCUCUAAUGUGAAGUUGGAUAUAGAUGAUGAGCCACCGGCAGACUCAGUAGAAACUAUUACAGAAUGGGCUGAAGAACGCUCUAAUGGGAAGUUGGAUAUAGAUGAUGAGCCACCGGCAGACUCAGUAGAAACUAUUAGAGAAUGGGCUGAUGAGCGCUCUAAUGGGAAGUUGGAUAUAGAUGAUGAGCCACCGGCAGACUCAGUAGAAACUAUUAGAGAAUGGGCUGAUGAGCGCUCUAAUGGGAAGUUGGAUAUAGAUGAUGAGCCACAGGCAGGCUAA